UGAAGACCGGCUUUAGGACCCCACGCAGCACGCAAUGAGGCUUGGAGGCGGGCUAGGGGAGGCCGUCGCGCACACAUGACGUAUGCAGCCUGCGCCAGGGGAAGGCAAGACGCUUAGAACCGCGAAGAAGCUCGUUUACUGUUCGUCUCAGCUUGCACACACCAUGGAGGAACCCGCCCAGCAACCUACUCAGCCUGGCAGCGGGAAGCGCAAGGGCAAGGCUCAGUACGUGCCGGCCAAGCGAGCUCGGCGCUGCGACGCCGGCGGACCCCGGCAGCUGGAGCCCGGGGUACAGGGCAUCCUUAUCACCUGCAACAUGAACGAGCGCAAGUGCGUGGAGGAGGCCUACAGCCUGCUCAACGAAUACGGCGAUGACAUGUAUGGGCCAGAAAAGUUUGCAGAUAAAGAUCAGCAGCCCUCUGGAAGUGAGGGAGAAGAUGAUGAUGUGGAGGCUGCCUUGAAGAAGGAAGUUGGUGACAUUAAGGCAUCUACAGAGAUGAGGCUAAGAAGAUUUCAGUCAGUGGAGAGUGGAGCCAAUAAUGUAGUCUUCAUCAGGACACUUGGGAUAGAACCUGAGAAAUUGGUGCAUCACAUUCUUCAGGAUAUGUACAAAACCAAGAAGAAGAAGACUCGGGUUAUUCUACGAAUGUUACCCAUCUCAGGCACGUGCCGGGCUUUCUUAGAAGACAUGAAAAAGUAUGCAGAAACAUUUUUGGAACCCUGGUUUAAAGCUCCAAACAAAGGGACAUUUCAGAUUGUAUAUAAGUCUCGAAACAACAGUCAUAUGAACAGAGAAGAAGUUAUCAAAGAGUUGGCAGGAAUAGUGGGAAACCUCAAUUCAGAAAAUAAAGUGGAUCUCACCAAUCCACAGUACACGGUGGUAGUAGAAAUCAUCAAAACUGUCUGUUGCCUGAGUGUUGUGAAAGAUUACAUGUUGUUCAGAAAAUACAAUCUCCAGGAGGUGGUGAAGAGUGCUAAGGAACCAUCACAGCUUAACCCAAAACAGGGAAAUGGGAAAGAAAUUAAAUUAGAAUCUGGUGACAAAUUAAAUCAAAAAACCCCAGCAGAAGACAAAAAUAACCAGCAGGUGGUACCAGAGAUUAGUGAGGAGCCAGGGGAAAUAAAGCCAACAUCUGAGAUGCAGGUGGUGAAUGAAGCCGAAGCCAAACCCGAACUUGCAAGUCAAGUCAUAGAAGAAUCAAAGUCAAGUGAAAAUGCCCACUCCUAGGCUAUUUGGGUUGGAGAUAGGUUUCUCAACUAGGGUUCUAUGAGCUGUUGCUCAGGUUCCAUGUAAAAUUGUAACUGAAACCACUGUUUUUGACUUUUGUGUGCCACAUAAUGCUGUUCUUACAGUAGUGAACAAAGAUAAUGUAGCCCUGUUAACAGUUUUGUUAGAGAUCUUUCAACUCUGUCUAUAUGGCAGUGUGCACAGGCAGGCCCACAUACUGUUGCACAGUGAUGGUGGCAGGAGGAGGACGUUGGCUUCUCCUAGCCUCUUAUGCACUGCCAACUGACUUGUGGGGUGAACAGGCUCUGUGAGGUAGAAAAUCAAAGGGAACUUUUCAUUCUAAGGAAAGAAUUUUUAUGUAUUUCAAUUCAGCUGUCUCCUGCCACUUUGUUGUAAACAUUGCAAAAUGUAGAUUGUGCAGGUUAUGAGUGAAUUGUUUUGUGCCGUUUUGAAAAUUACCUUGUUUGGUUUUGUUCUUUUUUAUACUUUGUUAACAUUUGUGUGUGAGAAAUCUGACAGUCCAGUGCUGCAGCUUUUGAAGGCAAGUUGUGAAAUAGAAGAGGACCAUUGUAGGAAUACAGCUACAGACAUUUCUUCUGAUAAGGUUAGUGAUGAAGAAUUUUAGUCUUCUGAGUUAUUUCAGUAAUCUAGUGCAGCAAGGGACACAAAGAAAUUAUGUCUUUAUAAUGAAAGCUGCUUCUCUCAAAGAUUUUUUUAUAGACUUACAAUCCAAGCUAUCCUGUUCCAGUGUGCAUUGUCUGUGGCAUUCAACUUAGAAAUCUAGCAGUUAUAACCAUAAAUCAUAGCCAUUUGACAAGUAAGGAUAUUGAUUAUUUUAAAUGGGGGGGUCUUAGACUAUCAAAACAGUAAAGCUUUUGUUCAGAAAUGGUACUCAGUGAAAAAGUACCAAAUUAUAGUAGAACGUCCAUAGUUGACCACCUCCCUACAUCGACCACCUCAUUGAGUU